ACCAACAGUGGAUAAUACCUGUACUUUAGAAGUAUUUUUAGGGUAUCGAGAAAGGGUUUGAGAUGAUGUGAUGUUUCUAAGUUAGUUUGAGGUGGUUCAGCUGGCAAGAAGAGUAUUCACACUUUGAGGUAAUGCAGUACAGUACAGUCCAGGGUGCCUCAAUUUGAAAAGGCAAUUAUUCAUUUGUGUAAUCUUGGAUAAUCUUGAGGACUUAAACCAUUUUUCAAAAAAUGGAUCAUCGAAAAUCUACUCCAAUGUCGCUUCGAAUCACAGAAGUAAGUGUUGAUAUUCUCCAGAAAGAAUGGGAAAGGAAUUUGAAUGAAGAUCAGCGGUCUGCUUUUCAAAGAGCAGGGAUUGUGCCAUUUUUAGGUGCUGUUGUCUACAGAGCUGAAUGUUUUCUAUGCGGGACAAUUAUAGAGUGUAUGGAAGAUGGUAAGUUGGCUAUUGGGAAGCAUGUACUUGAGAUCACAGAGAAAAAUAUUCAGCGAAUUACUGCACUGCCGAGCUCUGGUAAGGAUGUUAGUGUUGCACAUUAUUCUCCUCACGACCGAAUUGCAUUGAAAACGAGUCUUACAAAUUCUCAAGACGGAGCAACUGUAAGUGGAUUACAAUUUGAUCUUAUAAGGGAUCCUGCAAUUCAAUUUGCCGCAAAGUUUUUAGUUUUUUGGCUUUUGGGCAUAAAACAGGAGAGAGUCCUUCCAUUUAUAAAUGUCCAAACUGCAAUUGAGCUAUCCAAGGGCGUUCAAUUUAACUGGUGUAACUUCAUUAAGGGGAGAAUUCUGCAUCAAAUUGGGCGUAUCCAGAAAAAUGGCGGGGGUCGUUUUAACUACCCAACAAUCCUUCAGGCUCUGGCACUCGAGGCCUUUAACAACUCUUCCAUGCCUUCCAAGGCUAUAUCAGAUGGAGAACCCUACAUCAAUGCAUUCAUUCUCUGUGGAAGGAAAAUUCCCAAAACUGCAGAAGAAAAUAAGAUGAUCAGACAAGGAAUUUCAGACAUUUUAGAUUAUAUCAAAAAAUGUGGGCAUCUGCAAUCGUCUUCAAAAAAUUCUCUCAAGCAGAGAGAGUUAAGCAAAAGAUCACUAGUGUUGGAUGGAGCCAUUGUGACGAAGAGAUCGCGAACGACAAUUGGGCUUCCUAGGAUGCAGUUCAGAUCUUUUCUUAGGGGACAAGAAAAAUCUUCGUUUCGACCUUCUGCCAGAAAUAACUCCCCUGAAGACUCUGGCAUGCACCUGGGGUUGGCAGCAAAAGGGCACCCUACUCAUGACGAAUCUUCGGAAUUUCAAGCUGAUAAGUUUUCCAAUGCUCUGUUAGAGCAGGGACAGCUGAUCACAGAUUCAAAGCUCACAGCGGUUAAGGCUGAGAUCUCCCAGUUGUUGAGUCAAAGGGUUUUUCUGGAAGCUGACGAAUCCAAAUGGGUAGCAGAAAAGAUUGCUCUGGAGAGGGAGAUAAUGGUGUUGGCACAAGAGAAAGAGGAGGCUGUGGCGAAAAGGCAACAAGCCAAUCAAGAGAAAUCAAAAUUGCAAGCUGAAAACCUAAAGCAGAUCGAACGCAAUAUGAUGAUCAAAAGACAAUUGGACAAAAUAAAUAGGAUUUGGUACUAGUAUCUUACAAGUACCUCAAGACUCAGAAUACCAUUACUAAUCAUCAUAUCAGAAGGGCGAGCAAUGAAUGCUAUGUUUUAGAGGGCGAACCCUACUGUGCCAAUUUUCUGAAAUCUCAACAGCUUAAACGGGACUAGUGAAUGCUAUGUAAUAGAAGGCAAACCCUAUCCCAGCAAUUUUCUGAAACCUUAACAGCUUAAACGAGACUAGGUAUAUCCUUCUUUUUUUGUUAUGAUUUUGCACAAAGUUUUUUCAAACACUGCACUAUGUGAAAGCAUUUUUUGACAGCUCUUUCUCCUUGAAAGCAUUUUUGCGAGAUGUUCAGUCAGUUUAAUGAAAUCAUUUAUGAGAUGCAAGAUGCACUGAAACCUUUGAUUC